CCUAACUUUUUACAUAGUAUAUAAAGAGGAUUCUUAUGCUCAUUCUCCACCACAAAAUUAAAAGUAAAGAAAAAGGGAAGCCCUUUUUAUUGAAGCUAUCUGCUUGUUGAGGGGAUCAAGGAGAGAAAAUGGCUUCCAAUUUCUGGACAUCAACACACUACAAAGAGCUUAAGGACCCAGAAGAGAUUAAUGUUGUUCAUCCUCUUGAUGCUCAGAGAGGAAUCUCUCUCGAAGAUUUCAAACUCAUUAAGCUUCAUAUGUCUAACUACAUAUCGAAGCUGGCACAACACAUUAAGAUUAGGCAAAGAGUUGUUGCAACUGCUGUAACCUAUAUGCGCCGUGUUUACACAAGGAAGAGUUUGACAGAGUAUGAGCCUCGUCUUGUUGCUCCCACUUGCUUGUACCUGGCUUGCAAAGCAGAGGAGAGUGUGGUCCAUGCUAAGAUUCUUGUCUUCUACAUCAAAAAAUUGUAUGCUGAUGAGAAGUUUAGGUAUGAGAUUAAGGAUAUUCUGGAGAUGGAGAUGAAGGUCUUGGAAGCUUUGAACUUCUAUCUUGUUGUCUUCCACCCAUACCGUUCUCUCCCUGAGUACUUGCAGGACUCUGGACUCAAUGAUACAAGCAUGACCCAUUUAACUUGGGGUCUUGUCAACGACACUUACAAAAUGGACCUGAUCCUUACACACCCGCCUCAUCUCAUCACUAUCGCUUGCAUUUACGUUGCUUCUGUGUACAAAGAGAAAGACAUAAAGACAUGGUUUGAAGAGCUCUCUGCGGACAUGAACAUUGUGAAGAAUAUCGCAAUGGAGAUAUUAGAUUUCUAUGAGAAUCACAGAAUGUUCACUGAAGAGAGGGUUCAUGCCGCCUUCAACAAGCUUGCUACAAGUCCAUAAAGAGUUUUUGUUUUGUCUUUUGUUUUUGUUCCUCCUGAGACUACAUAUGUUUUGCCAGCAGUUUCUGUCAUGAGAUCAUUUGUACAUUGGUUUUGCUAGUCUUGGUUCAAGCAUGUCUUGACUAUGUGCACAAUAUAAAGUGGUUUUCAAAUUUUUUUUUAAAAGAGA